AUGCAAAACAAAGAAUUGGAUGGCCUUUUCCCGGAAGAUCACAUUUCGGUAUACUAUUCUGUUUUACACUUUCGUGCAAUUCACAAAACAGAAGGCGAUCUUGUAUCAAACCUGACAUUACAAUGGAGUCAAGAAGAAUGCUUCCGUCCAAUUCUAGAAAAAUAUGACUUAGUUCAUUUGUUACUCGAGUUUAAGGAAAAUGAUUGGAUACAAGAUGUUCGUGCAGCAAUCAGUAACCAUACUGCCACUUCGGCUCUGAUUGAACAAUACCAUGAUUUUCAAAGUGUACUCAUAACGAGAAAGUUACAAUUGCGCUCUGAGUUCUAUAAUGUGAGUCAUUACUCGGAUAGUCCAAUCCAUUGUGAUGGAUGUGAUAUUCCAAGAAACCAAAAGAAGGUCAAAGCAAUAUUGAACUAUCAGAACGGCUUGCUCAUCCGUAAAUUUGUGGGGAAUGAGGAAGUCGAAUAUACAGAUACGCCAUGGUUUCCUUCCAACGAUCAGAAAUACGAUGUAACCGCCAUUGUCACCGCUUUUGGAUACAAUCGUUUGUUUGCACUACGUCAAUUCAUGUAUCGAUAUCAAGGACCGAUUGUUCUUGUGAUUUAUGCCACAUCGACCCAGGAAGUCCACCUUGUGCGUUACAUUUCAACUCACUUCAUUCCCAAACGUGUUACAAUUCUUUUUUAUCUAGUCAGUCGUUAUCUCAAAUCCAGUACUGUGUUUCCUAUUAAUCGCUUACGAAAUCUUGCUAUACGAAACAUUCGAACCACUCAUUUCUUGAUUCUUGAUAUGGAUCUUCGAUUAUCUUUAAAUACUUAUAAGGAAGUCAUGAGUCUUCCACAAUUCCUCUAUCAUAGCAAUCGCUCUGCUGUUAUUCUCCCCGUGUUUUUCUAUAAAGGCAAACAAAUAUUGGCUCACUGUUCUACAACCGAAAGUUGUUCUUACUUAUCGAAUUGGAUUCAACCAGAAAACAAAUUGGAACUGAUUGAAUGUAUCAAUCGGAAGAUUUGCAUAUCAAAUAAGAACAACAUUCGAACUCAUAUGUAUGUAAUGCCAGAAUGGUUUACAACGUCACAAGAAUCGCAUGUAUCUCGAGUUCGCUGUUUUAUCACCAAUUUCAUGGAGCCAUAUUUGAUGGUGAAAUACUCUCCCACACUUCCUCUAUUUGAGGAAAGAUUUGUGAACUAUGGAUAUAACAAAGUGCAGUAUUUUGAGCAUCUUCGCCAAGCUGGUUUUCAGUUUUAUAUAUUGAAUCAUGCUUUCGCAAUGGACUUUCCACAUCCUGAGUAA